AUGGGGCAACAGCUGAGGGAGAGCGCGUGUCCUCCGUCCCCCAUGCUGGACCACCACCCUGACCCUGUUGGAGAAUGGGCCUCAGGUAACAUGAACGUUGCUGCCCUGGGUCGACCUUUCACCCUGGGAAUGCUCUAUGAUGCUCGGACAGAUAAUCUGAUCCCAGGUUUGACACUGUGGGAUGAUAAAACUCUACAAGGCAAGAUAAGUGAAAGCUCUCAGCGAACCAGUAAGUCUCAUAUUUCGACAUCUGACUCCACUGAAUCCAAGUGCAAGCUGCUGGAUGUUGAAGUUUCUCUGAAGGCCAGUGUCCUGGGUGGACUGAUUGAAUUUGGAGGAUCUGCCAAGUAUCUGAAUGAUCAGAAGAAAUUCCUCCAAUCAGAGCAGAGUGACGUGUCAGUACAAAACUACCACCAACUUCAAGCAGUUAAUGAUUGA